UUAAAUAUUAAUGCAGUGUCAGUUUUUAAAUAAAUUUAACGCUGCACUUCAAGCAAGUGAUCACAGCUGUCGCAGUGUGGAGGGAAGGGCCAACCUUGUGUGGCAGUUACAGAUGUGUACAGUAUAUACUGUAUAUAAUUUGCUUGGUGUUUUUUUUCCAGUCAUAGCUGUAAACAUGCAGGACAACUCAACCUCACAGCCCUGGGGCCCCCUUUCUCUAAGUGCCCCUCUGAGUGGCUCAGGCACAAUGCAGCAGGCGGAGCCUAAGUUGGGGGGGCGCUUGUUCAACACGGCUGAUGAAAUGACCCACCUUCAUGGGGCAAACACCAUCAGUUCAGGCAAUAAGGACGCUAUCGUGUCACAAGCUGGACAGCACGUUCUAGAGGAUGGGUCACAUUUGCUGACUGAGAGUGAAGACGGUCCAUCAGGCAUGAAGUUUGCCUUAGCACCAAAUUUCGCGUCAAUCUUUAAUUAUGAAAAAGCUAUUUUCUCCUCAAAUGCAGCUGGCUUUGAGCUGAUGAUGAAUGGCACCUUGAUGACUGAAGCUCCUCUGUCCAAUCAGGGGGAAAAAUUCUCUUCUCCACUUCAAGCUCUGCUUAACAGGAAUAAUCCACGGCUCACAGAGUCCAUUACUCCGUUCUCUACAGAUAUGGGCCGGAGUAUGCCGAUGAUAUCCAUCUUCGAAACUUUGGCUGCCGAUAAGCCAGGAGACACUAAAGGCACUGAGAAGAAAAAGGAUGAGAACAAGACCCAGAAUGGAGUUUCGCAAUUGUAUGAAACAGUACAUCCCUCAAAUGGAGGGAUAUUAAUCAUGAAUGACAAAGUGCAGCUGUCAAUGACCGGGUUGAGCACUGAGAACCCCAAGGGUUUGACAUCACUGCGUGAAAAACAAUAUACAAGUACUGAAACUUUUGUUAGCCCGAGCUCCUCGCAAGACAGACACACACAAGGACAGCAAGUUAGCAUUGAUGCUAGCCCAGCCCCCCAUGUGUGGACCCCCUCUGCAGCCAUGGGGCAGGACACUGGAUUGCCUGCAAGUGUACACGUUGCCAGCAGUGCAGUCUUGCUGACAGCUGUGUUCAAUUUUUAUUCCCAAAGACAUACAAUUAAGGGGAAACAAGCUUCUGUAUUCAAUACAACACCUACAAAGUCUCCUUUAAUAGUCAAGGAUCAUUCCACAAGAGAGAUAGACUUAGUUCUUAAACCAAAACAAAGCAGAGAAUUACUCUUUCACAUGAAAAAAGAGCAAUCUACUCAGCCUUCUACCAAAAUUAUAGCAAAAACGUCUGACAUUUCAAAACUUGUAACUACUGAAACUUUGCAGAUGUUACAUGUGACUUCAGAAAGUCACAAAAUGUCUGGGAGGGACAAAAGCACACCUGAUCCAUUAAGCAGUGACUUUGUGAGCCACAUCAGACAUGAAUCAAACAGUAGCAAUAUGGAUAAUCAGACUCUGAGCCCUGAGGGUCUGGACUCUAACCUUAUGCCAACAGAACAAGAUAAAACGUCUGCUUUAGUGUUUCACAGCUUUGCCACUAAUGCUCUAAGAGCAGCUGCUCUUCAGGCUUCAGCUCCUUCUGUAGCUGUUUUUCAGCUUUUAGCUCCAUCAGCAACCACUCCUCAGUCUUGGGUUAUCUCAGCAUCUGAUCGGCCUGCAGCUCCAUCCCCAGUUCCCGCUCAGUCUUCAGCACCACCAUCUGCUGUCUCCCAAACUCCAGCUCCAUCCGCACCAGCUUCUCGGACUGUAAUCUCAGUAACUGCUUCUCAGUCUUUCGCUACGUUAGUGGCUUCAGCUCAGCCAUCAGCGCCAUUAAAAGCGGCUUUUCAGCCUUUGAUACAGUCAGCAACUCAACAUUCAACACAAUCAUCAGCUACUUCUCAUCCUUUCCUUGUGUCAGAUGUACCAGUCACAAUGCUAACCCAGACACCCAAUGAACUACAGAUGGGGACCAAAGUGCCGUUAACUCAAUCCACAUCAGUCUCUCAAUCUUCAGCUUCUCCAGCAUCUCCUUCUUUGUCUUCAGCUCCUUUAGUGUUUCUUUCUCACCCUUCAGCUCCACCUGCAGAUGCUUCUCUGCUUUUCCUUCCACCAGCAACUACGUUCCAGACUUUAGCUCCGGCAACUUCCUUCCAGUCUUCUACUUUAUUAAUAACUGCUUCGCAAACUUUGUCUCUACCAAGAGCUGCUUCACAGAUUUCAGUUCCAUCACCUGCUGCUUCUAAUCCUUCCGCUUCACCAACAGGUGUGUCUCACAUUCAGCCUUCCGCUCCAUCAGCUUCUCCUUCACAGGGUUUAGCUCCUUUACCAGUUAGUUUGCAUGCUUCUGCUCCAUCAACACCAGUUUUCCAGCCUUCAGCUUCAUCAGCCGCUUCUGAGCCAUCAUUCUCAUUAAAAGCUGCUACACAGACUUUGAGACAGUCAGAAGCUCAACAUCUGCCGCAAUCAUCAGCUGCUUCUCAACCUCCCUUGGUGACAGUUGUACCAGUAAAAGUGCCAUCCCUGAAUCUCAAUGAAUUGCAGAUAGGGACCAAAGUGCCAUUACAAACUGCUUCACCUGCUUCACCAGUAGCCACUUCUCACCAUUUAGCUCUAUCCACAGUCCCCCUUCAGUCUGCAGUUUCAUCAGAAAUUGCUUCUUUGUCUUUAGCUCAUUCAACAUUUGCUUCUCACCCUUUAGCUCUAUCACCAUCUUCUUCCCAGUCUUCUACUUCAUCCAUAAGUGCUUCUUCAUCUUUAGCUCCACCAACAGAAACUUCUCAGAUUUUGACUACACUCUGGCCUUCACCACAGUCAACAGCUCAACAUUUGUCACAAGCAUCAGCUGCUUCUCAAUCCCUCUUUGUGACAAUUGUACCAGUUACAGUGCCACCCCUGAAUGCCACUGAAUUGCAGAUAGGGCCCAAAGCUCAAGCAAAAAGCACUGAAGCGUCAAAGUUUGUGAAAGCAUCAUCGCUCUGGCCUCCCACUCCCAACGUGAAUGUGUUUAUGUUUGUGUUGUCCAGAAGCUCUCAUCCAAAACUAAUAGCGGCCAACUUAGAUGCUACUCAACCACCAACAAUUCCUCUCUCACCUGUAACUCACCCUCCGUUUGCUCCUUCAACAAUUAGUGCUUUUGCUAAGCUGGAAAGGCAGAACUUGAACAGAACCAUACAAACAGAAUCUCAUGCCUCCAAGCUAACACCAGCAAGACAGGAGUUGACUUUGUCCCAUAAAUUAUUUUCAAUAACGACAAGAAACUUACCUUUGCGCCAGAGUAGCACUGCUAAAAAUAAUCCUACAGUAACUCACUCUGUUGCUUCUCUUGAAGAUCUUUACAGGAAGGACGGGCCUAUAACAUUUAUUGAAUUACUUUCUUUCAAUGAAUCUGAAAAAGGUUUAAUAUCUUUGUCGAAACAACAACAUAAUCGAAAUAAUGUUAGCGACGGCAUGCAACAAAGUGACGACAUAUCUACCACAGCUGAAUAUCCUUUUAAAACACACAAUGGAAACGUACAUACAAAACAAGAUCCAUUAUUCAAGGAUGGUGUCUAUAAUGCUACUCAAAACAUGACCUCAGGUUCUCCAUCACUGGAAAAAGAUUUAACAGAAAGGAACAAAUUUCCUUUUAGUAAAAUUGAAGACGUUACUAAUGUGAUAGUCAAAGAAAUACUAAGAGCCUCAGGCUCUGUUGCUCAGGGUAAACUGUCUCAGUUCAUUGGUACAAUUGAAAGUCCCAUUAGUCCAUCAAAGGAUCUUAUUCUGACCCCAGCUGUGGUUUUAAAUCAGCCAAAGGAAGAAAGAGGCACGUUGCUCAUUGACAGAACUGUUACUGGGAGUGAACUACAACAGAGAUUCUCUGUGCUUCCUUUCACCGUGGUUAAUAGGUUACUGAUAGCUGCUCCGGUCACUCAGCCAGCAUACGUCAGCAAACAUGCUUCCUCGGGGCUACCGCACAGCUCACCGGAACGGCAGGCAUACAGGUCCACUGAGAACAAAGUCUUUUCUGGGAUACUUACGUCGCCCCUACCUCCAACUAAAUCUACGGACCCAUUUGCCCAUGACACCACUGAUCUCCCUUUGUCCAGAAGACACACAUCUCUGACUUUUGAUAUGCUCAAGAAGCGAAAACAAAAUGCCGCUGUCCAUUUUAGCCAGUUCCCAACUCCUUCAGAGUGGCUCGCUGGUACUCAUUCAAGUGUUGGGCCUGAGCUGAAGAAUGAGCCCUCGGAGGCUUUGGAGAGGUCCAGCCCCAGUGUCCAACUGCAGCAGAGCACGCCAUCGCCCUCCAAGGAAGGUGAAUUGAGGACCCCCCAGGCUCCAACCAUACAGAUAACCGGUCAGAGGGACAGAAAUCCCCCUGGAAAUUUUAUUAAGAAACUAAUGGAAGAAGCAGUCAGAUCUGAAGCCUCUCUCAAGGCGAAAAGAUUGCUACUUCUUCUCGAUCUUUUCCUCAGUGGCCUGGCAGAGGUCUCUGAUGACAUCUGUGGGACAGGAAACCAUACAGCCAAUGUGAUCCUGAACCUGGAGAGAGAGCUCCUGCCUGCCGACUCAGUCCCAGCCAUCAGGAAGCUGCAAGUAGUCAUCAGUGUGACGGCCAACAGCAGCCAGGAGAACCUGACCGUAACAUCUUGCUGCGUCUCACCCAUGCCCUGGGCCGGCCCGCUCAACACCAUCUGCUGCCUGCUCUCCAGAUUACCCACAGACCCACGGGUCAUCGGGCCGCUCCCAGGUGACCUGUCAGAGAGCACCAGCCUCGCCGUCCAUCUCUACCGGGUGGCCAACAGCUCCGUGGCGCGUUUGCACCGCAACAUCAGCGCCUGCCCCGGCACCCGAGCGGACUGUGAGAUGGUUUGUGGUUGACUGGAGUCCACGGUUAUCAGGCUGCCUAGACAAGAUCCUGCUGAACACCGGCACAGCACCCACCCCUCAGAGCAGCAGGAAACUAAUUUUGUCAAUUCAUUGAUAUUGAAAACAUUUCAAUAGCACAGGGCUGCUAACUAGCUAGCUCACUUGUUUCACAAGAAAAGUAGUGACAUAUUAAAACUAGUAAUAACUGUAAUCGCACAUUAUUACAGAUUUUUCUUCACUUGCUCUUUUGCGCAAAUGGUGGCCAAGGCGAUUGCCUCUGCGGCCUACAGGGCAGGCCGGGCCUUGCUCACACGUGUAGCGCAGAACACAGCAGUACGGCGUACCUUUCUCUGUUCUAGUGGUACUGUACGAUGUCGGGCUGGCUUUCUCUAGACAGCCAUAAAACAUUCAAUGAAAAAAUGUGUUUUUGUUUUCCCUUCUCCUUACUGCACAUAUGCUGCGUUUAUGUCGCUAACCGCUAACCGCUAACCGCACUGGUGUGCUCCUGCUGCGUCUGUGACAGGGGAAGCUCCACUCAGAAAAGAGCCUCAGAACUGCCGUUAACUAUCCUGGGACCUGGAUUUCCUUUGGUCCGGUACUGAGAGGAAAGGAGGUCGACUCUGAUGCAGAGAGCAGAGGCCCCGACAAGACGAGCCAGCCCAGGGAGGCUUGGGGUGGGGCUGGCUUAGGGUGGGGCUGUGUGCUGCUGCUGGCUGCCUUCAGCCUGCUUUACCUGGGCUGCCGGCGUGGGCAGGGGGGACGGCCUUGGAUAAAGUCAUCAGGGAGUGCUGACCAAUCACAACCUGACCACUGGGUGUAGCUCCUGGCCUAAGGACCAAUCAGAGAGAAGCCAUUUGGUCUGCUUCAAUCCUAGUCUUCUGUUGUGCCAUCCCCAACUAUCUGGAAUCACAACUACACCCUGGAGCUAUAAUCAAUCCCCACUGACAUGCUGACGAAAGGCCAACUGUAAAGGAGGGCUGCUGUGCCACUCAUAGUCCUUCUGCACAUAUAUGCGCUGUGCAGUCAUGUAUAAUGCAUUAUGGAUACCUUCAUAAUGCAUUAUAAUGCAUUCAUAAAGUAUUACAGACAAGGCCAUAACUAUAAAAAGGCAUGUGUUAAAUUUUUAAUGUGUUAAAAAGACAUCUUUUUAAUUAAUAGUUAUAGUCAUGUUUCUAAUACUUUAUGAAUGCAUUAUAAUGUGUCAUGAGGAUAUCUAUAAUGAAUUAUGACGACUACUUUAUGUAGUGUUACCAAGGUCUGAUUGCUCAUUUGCUAAGUAAAAUUUUAGCUGGUUGGUUAUGGGAGUUUAGGUGUUACUGAAUUAGGUCAACAAGCCUGGCAGCGCAGAUCAUUUAAGGCAGCAGAGAUAAACUUUAGCAUAGUAUUUGUUUAUAACAUUUAUAGCAGAUGCUAAUUUUUUUCCAGUUAUGCUGUAAAUGUAAAAGAAUAAAAGUUGGAUUAGUUAACAUUAUUUGUUCAUAAAUUGAUCA